AUGUCCAUUGUCGGAGAAUCGCCGCCGGCCCCGCGAAGAGCGCGCCGUGUCACAUCGGCUUGGUCUGCUGAGCCGGCAGCGACUGUUGAGGACUUGAAGGAGUUCCGCAAGGAGGCCCGCCGCCUGCCUGAAGCCGGUGCAGUGGAAACUGGCGAUUUGGUCGUUGUUGUGGAGCCUUCGAGAAGUUGGCACGGCAGAGUCUGCCAGACAGAGUUUGCAGAUGCGGGAGCGACUCUUUGGCUGAAAAAAGUUGAGGAUGUGGAGCUCUCGCUGAGCAAACUCUCUGCGGAGAUUUGCACUCUCCCAAAAAGAGGCCGCGAGACCGAACCCAAGGCGCUGAAACGCCGCGACGUGGUGCGGUUGCCGUGGCCAGGGCUUCGCAGGCCGCCACCGCCCAUGACAGAGCAACAUUACAUGGCCCAGGAUUGGGACAAGCUUUCGGACAAGCGCUUCAGUCCCGGGAGGCUCAGUUCGACCUGGGACAGCAUGGACGCCCCGUCGCGGCGAAAGUACCGCGGUGCCUCAGUGGCGGCCAUCGAGGUGUAUCAGCAGGUUGCCCAGUGGCGGCUUCGCAUGCAUGCCCUGCUCAAGGAGCUGCUGGAUGUGGCACCCAAGCCCCAGGUCAAUGCGUACAUGCUCUACACCAUGGAGAAGUCGAAGAAGCCGGCGGAGCCAUUGCGGCCAUGGCAGGACGUCAAAGAGGAAUAUCAGAAGCUUGUCGUGCGGCGGAACCAACAGUUGCGGGAGAUGCGCGAUCUCUACAUAGAGGUGCUACUUGGCGCUGGCUGGUCGCAGCAUCGCAGCCACCUCUUCCCCCGCUCGGCAUCACGCUGCACCUUUGCAUCUUCUGAGAACCGACUUUCUGCAGAGGGUCUGCGGAAGGUUCUGGAGCUUUGCUCCCGAUGUGAGAAGCUGCGUGUCUUGAAGCUCUACAAGAAUGACAUCAACGAUGAUGGUGCGCAGGCACUGAGCCGCUUCGUGCGCAAGUGUUACACACUCGAAGAGCUUCAUCUCUCCCACAACCGCUUCACCGAGCGGGGUGUAGAGUUGCUGGUGAGAGCUGCCGAAGAGGCACGCACCCAGGCGAAAUCUAGUGUCCCCUUAUGGACGCGCCUGGAGCAGAACGAGGUGAAGAACCCCGAUAAGGUAUUGGAAUAUUUGACAAAGGAGUACAGUGUCUGCGGCAGGAAGCACCGCGACCUGUGCUCGACCAAGCACUGUCAUUACGGGGCCAAGGCCUCUUUCCUAACCCUGGUCGCAGCAAUCACCGUGAUGCAGCCAACACUGUCCGUAUUUUCUCUAUGCCGAAGUCUGGUUCAAGUGCGCUAUACUGCACUUGCGAUCAACCCCGAUUACUCCGCUUGCCCAAGUUCUGCGGUCCGCUCCAAGAUGUCCUGCGCCAGCGUGGAUCCGCGAUGUGCUGAAAGCGGUCCAUCAGAGGCCUCGCCUGCCCGUGCCUCGGGCUGCCAGGCCCUUCGCGACGGAGAGGAAGAGGAUCGUCUCUCCACAGCAGCGCCGUCACUUUGUGACGACCGCGAGGAUGCCACGACGAGGUGGGCAGAUGUUGCCGACGUCGACUGCAAUUUUCUGUCAGUUGAGAAGGCUCCACAGAGCCGACGCUGGGCUGACCUCUGUGACUCGGACGAGUCAGACGACGAGCAAGAUCAGGCACAAUCCUCGUCCGCGCCUCCCAGGGACUCCCAGAGAGACUCGAAGGUAUCUUCCCCUGUCAAGCCGCGCUGGGCAGAUCUCGCAGAAGACAUUGACCAGCAGGAGACCACAGCAUCUACAAGCUCGCAUGCUGCGACUCAGAGCUCGCAAGCAUCUGAAGACGAAGGCUGGAGCUACAAGUCUGCCAAGUGGUGGAAGAACUCGCACGCGGAUGAUUCAAAAGCAACAUCGUCUGCAGCGGCCUACGACUACGCUGGCUAUGGCAGAAAGUCCCAGUGGCGCCCGGCCGGCGAGUCCUACGGUCAGGCGCAAGGACAUCAACAAACAUGGUGGUCUGCAGGAGGCUGGCACUACGAAAAGCCCUCGUACGCGCCGAAAGGGAAAGGCAAGGGCAAGGCCGCCGGCAAGGGCGGUGGCAAGAGCAGCAAGGGAGGAGGUGGUGCAGGGGGCGGCUCCAAGUGCCAGUGCCAGUACAUCAUUGGCAUUGAAGAGGAGGGCCGCUUCCGAGUAUGCCGACGACUGCUUGGUCAGAAGGGCCAGCACAUGAAGGACAUCGCCGAGAAGACAGGUGCCAAGCUCCGCCUCCGUGGUCGUGGUUCCAAGUUUCUCGAGGGUCCGGAGCAGAAGGAGUCUUCGGACCCCUUGAUGCUUUGCGUCAGCGUGCCCGACCCCGCCUCCUACGAGGAAGCUAAGCACUUGGUCUCCUCCUUGUUGGAGGACAUCUACAUUCAGUACCGCGAGUUUCAGCUUUCCGAAGGACUGAAGCCGAAGAACCUGCAGGUGAACUUGCAUGAAGGACAGUCUAUAUCGUUCGAACUUGUUCCUGGCAUUUCCUGGCCCUCAGAGGGGGCCAUGGCUUCAUGUGACUCUGCAUCUGUUGCCGAAUUGUACAUAGAGCAGGACAGGUUCACCUUCCGCACUUUCAUUUUCAACGAGAUGCCGGAGUUCGGGCAUGCGAACAACGAUGGCCCCCGAAAGCGGAAAUGGGCGCCGCCUCCGGAGCCCGUGGAAGACACGGACCCCUGGAAGGACACAGACUGGCGCGAAGGUCGUGAUGAUUGGUUCGAUGGUUGCCCUGAGGCCUUCCGGAAGGUUCCGGAAUGGGAAGAGCCGGCCAGAAAGAAGUGGCGCACGGAGGAGGAGGAGGACUGGGAUGGGACCGGGGAGCCGCGUCCUUCGGGUGUUAAGAUGUCUGGUGGCAUCUUUAUGCGUGCCAUGGGUGCCAUCGUUGCGAAGAAGGACGACGACGACGGAGCCAGGCCGGAGAAUGAACCGUCCAAGCCGAGUCGACCGCCUCGAGUACAGAGCAAUGUAGCAAGCCGCACGUUGAGCCAGCUGGGCGUGCUUGCGGGCGAGCGACGAAAAGCCAAGGUACUGUUGAAGGAAGCUCCGAGAGGGCCCGUCAAGAAGGAGGAUGAUCUUGACGACGAGGAUGAAGACAAGGAUGUCGAGGAGGAGGAUGUUGACGAGGCAGAAGAGGCCAGCGAAGCUGAAAAGGAAGCUGAGGAGGAGGAGGAAAUGGAGGACGAGGAGGAAGAAGUCGCAGAGCCCAAGCGGCGAGGCCAGGAGCGUGAAGAGGAUGAUCACUACAGCAGCAGGCGUCCUCCAGAGCCCCGUGGCAUGCAUGCGGAUCGUUUGGAUCGGCGCGACGAGCGUGCAGCUCGGCACCAUGCCUCGCCGCGGCGCGAGAGGCGUGAAGCUGAUGGUCGCGGGGCCGGAAGGGACCGAGAGAUGCGCAGAUCGCCGCGCCGCCGACACGAAGGUGCCACUCGUCGCGAGGAGGCCGGUCGAAGGCGUGGCGAAAGAGAUCGCGGUGAUAGGCGGAGGCGCGAGAAUGCUAGGCGGGAGGAGCGUGACCGCUCACGCCGAGCAACGCGCCGCAGGAGCCGCAGCCGUCAUGAGCAUCGACGGGGAAACGAGGAGGCCUCCCGCUUGCAGCGCCGUCGAGGAGAGCGCGGGGAGCGUGAAAGGCCGCGGCGCAGGGGAAGCACAAAAGGCCGGGGUGUGUCAGGAAGUCAAAGCAGAAAUGGUCUACUAUAUAGUCACGGGCAUACCCGUGGACUGCUUAAUGCCAAGUCGGGUCUCGCCUUUCGGUCCCUUGACGGUCGCCAUCCAACUGGGCAUGGACAGCGAUUUG